AUGUUCUCCAAGAUUUCUAUGGCCUCCGCAGUCCUCGCACUGUUGAUGCAAAUCACAAUCGCUACUCCCCCCGCCUGUGUUAUCCAGGCCGUCAAGCAAGACAUCUGCGCCAAUGGCAGCACUGUCGAGCAGAUCCUCGUUAGUGACUGUGGCAACACCUUCGACGCUGCCAUGAGCGCCUUCUCCAGUAUCUGCUCUGGUGUUGGUGUCACCAUCUGUAAUACCGCCAUAUCGCCCACUACUCUUGCCAGCUCUCCCGCCGUCAUUAUUGCCGGCGCUUCCACCAUCUUGCCUACCAGCGAUGUCAAGACUAACUCCGUUUCGACCUCGGUCCUUGCUUCGGCUUCCGGCACCGAGUCAACUGUCAAGUCUACUGACACAGUUGUCAAGUCCACCGACACUGCAGUCACCACUGCUACUGGCGUUCUCACAGAGACCAGCACUGUCACCAGAACUCAGGAUGCCGACUCAUCAGCCACUUCAUCGGGUACAGUCUCUACUGGUGCUGCUAGACACGUCGAGAAGGGCGGAUUGAUGAUGGGUGCUAUGGCCGCUGCUGGUCUCAUCAUGGCUUUGUAA